GGGUAGAGACCUGAGGAAAUGUGUCUCAGGGAGAAUUCGAGCACUGAACGGACAUGUGAAGGCGUCUUGUUUCUUAUGGAAAGUGAAAGCAGUUAGUAGUUAAAGUGUUAUAUAACCAGACACGUGCACUUUACCAAGCAGCAGUAAAGAGAAGAGCUGGUUUUCUGGUUUCUGACAAAGAUAUAUUCAUCAUCAUCGCUUCGAGCAUUAGAAACUUCCACAGUUCGUAAGGUGUUAUCAAGCAGCACUAAUGUGACAGCGACAGCAGUUGUACUGACCAGUUUCUGUGACAUCGAAAAACUUCAGCACAGGAAACUCUGAAGUCACUCGGAUCAUAUCUAAUUUGUGGAAGGAGUGCCGAAUUCUCCUCUCUCUCUCUCUCUCUCUCUCUCUCUCUCUCUCUCUCUCUCUCUCUCUCUCAUUCUCUAGUUCUUUUUCUUACCCUCUACCGUGUACAUCCCUCUCUCUCUCUCCCUCUCUCUCUCUUUACGCAAGCACUUAGCAAAUAUGGAAAAAUCAAAGAAUUUCAGGAUUGAUGCAUUACUGGCUGAGGAGCCCACAAGGGCAGCCCCGGGUUCGGCAUCUCCUGGUCUAAGUGUUGAUGGACCUGAAGAAAGUCCUGGGCCUGGGAUCCGAACAGAAACACCUUCCCCCCGGGCCAUGUCAUUCCAAACAGGCAUCAUUCCUAAACCUGGACUGCUCAGUUUGUCCCACUCUGGACUCGGGACUAUACCCGCCAUUUACCCUGCUCCCAUGUACCCUGUCCCAGCUUUGGCGGCCCAGCACCCGGCUUUCAGCUACUCUGCCUUCCCACACUUGGCGCAGUCCUACCCUGACACUCUCAAGGCGGCAGCCGGCUCGUUUCCCCUCGAGCAUUGGAUUCGUGCAGGAAUCAUGGUGCCCAGACUGCCCGACUACACCUCUUCGCCACAAUCUGGUCUGAUGGGGAAGUGUCGUCGGCCACGCACAGCCUUCACCAGCCAACAGCUUCUGGAGCUCGAGAAUCAAUUCAAGCUCAACAAGUACCUGUCACGACCCAAGCGUUUUGAAGUAGCUACGUCACUGAUGCUCACUGAGACUCAGGUUAAGAUCUGGUUCCAGAACAGGAGGAUGAAAUGGAAACGUAGUCGGAAAGCAAAGGAGCAAGCAGCCCAAGCUGAAAAUGAGAAGCAGCAUGGAGUUAAAGUAUCAGACAAGUUACUCACAGAGGAAAGCCAUGUGGCCAUGGAGGAGGAGGAAGAAGAAGACGAGGAAGAGGAGGAGGAAGAGGAUGAUGACCGUGUGCAUCAGACAGACUACCUACGACAUACCUCAGAUCUAAACUACAUUGCUCACAGUUCCUGCUCUGAGGAUGAGCUCAGUUUAGCUGAUAGGAAGAUAGGAGCUGGAUUGUGAGUGAAGCAAAGAUGGAGAGGGGAUCUGUGGUGGAACCUUUGGACUGCUUUUUAUGGGAUGGUGCAUAUGUAUAGAACAUUGUUACAUUGUGAGUUCAUUAUUAGGGCCCAGGGCUACAAAAGUACCAGGCUGCGUUUGGUGGCGCAAGCACUAAUAUGUUUUUAAACAAAUACAGCAGGGAAGGGCCAAGCUGCAGAACUGCAUUUUUCCUUCUGGAUGUUGGGAGAAAUGAACAGUAAUGGACACUGUGGCCCUUAUAUUUUCACAACUUUUAUUGUACUUGCUGCAGCAGCAUAAACAAUUUUGCAUAAGCAUGUUCACACGAUGCAGAUAGCAGAUCAACUGGAAGAGAAGACUGUGGGUUCGGUAGGGGGCAAUUCAGCAGCAUGGUUUCAUGGCCUCUUGAAGUUUGCAUGUUUGUGAAAUUCUUCUGGUUAUAUUCUACACUGUUAGUCUUGCCCUCAAAAAGCAGACAUAGUUAGGCUAUGUUGUAGAUUAUAAGACUGUUCUUCCUGGCCACACCUUCACCGCUCAGGCCUUCUGGUUGCUUUCACGUCCUCCAAAUGAAAUGUCCACUUAACUCUUCCAUCACCUUCUCAUCAUUAAUGCAUGUAUAGUAUCCAUUUUCAUCAAUGUUGCCUUCAAUGACAAGGUUAACUACAGCAAAAGGUUAAUGUAAUAAACCUACUGCUUCUUGUCUCUGCAACCAUGGCGUGCUUCUCCACAUCUCCACGUUCUUCUUGUGCUUCACCCAAUUUAUUCCUCCAUCUUCUUGUCAAAUCCUAACUUCAAUAAUCUGUCAGGUUCUUUGAUCCAAUAUAUUUUCUUUAUAUUUCCCUUAUUACUAGAAGCAUACCAACAUUCUGCUUUCUUCUCUAUUACAUCUUUCUCAUAGCUUCACUUUUUUUCCCCAAACUCAGUCUUUCUCGCUGGACCAUCUUGUUUCAGUUAUACCUUUCUCUUUCCAUUCACAUUGCUACUUUAUCUUUUUUUUAAGUUUAGUUUAUCACUCCCCACAGAAUUCUGUGUCAUCCUUCACUUUGGGAUGUCCCUAACUGUUAUCUCCAUGGGGAUAUCCCAUCAAGGAAUUCAAUAAUGAAAUAUUUGUAUUGAAAAUAACUUUAUAAAAGCCAUUUAGGAACUGAAUGAUUGAGCAAACAGGUGGAGCUGUUUAAGUGAUGACGUCUGGUCUUGAGCGGUGGCACUGGAGCUGAAGAUGCAUGCUUUGUAUUUAACUGCACUUGACUCCAACAGAGCGGUAUCUGACUGUUGGCCACUUGAGGAACUUUGGAUAGCAGAGGUGGUCAAUUCAGCAAAUGAGUUGUCCCAUUAAUCUGACAUUAAUACCCUACAUGUACAGCUUUUGUGUUCAAUCCACACUUUUUCCCCCUUCUUUUAACAUAAUUUGUUUUUGGAGUAAUUGGCUCAUCGAUUUCCAAGAGAUGUCUAAUUUUUAAAAAAAUAAUAUUUUCAAGGUAAAAUUCUGAACAAGGUCAACAUUCUCUCCACAGACAGACACAC